GCUGUUUUCCGGUGGCUGUCAAUAUUUUUUGAUGUGCUUAGUUUAUUUAAAAUCUUGUGCCUUAGGUAAAUUGUUGGAAUGAAUAAUUAGCAGAUGCUGGGGCAAUUGUCUUAUCUAAGUUACUAUGGCAGAUGAAACAUACUUCAAGUAUCACUAUAGAUUCUCUCAUUUUGCUGCUAUUGUUGCUGUGUCAUUCAUCUGCUACUAUAAUGCCUUGCAUUGUGGUUUUGUGUUUGAUGACAUUUCAGCAAUUAGAGACAACAAAGAUCUUAGACCUUCCACACCAUUAUUAAAUAUCUUUUUUAAUGACUUUUGGGGGACACCUAUUCGUAAAGAGCACAGCCAUAAGUCAUAUCGACCUUUAUGUGUCUUAACCUUUCGUAUUAACUAUGCUAUGCAUCAACUAAAUCCUUGGGGUUAUCAUUUAUUUAAUAUUAUCCUUCAUGUUUUUGUCUGUGUGUUGUAUCUUAGAAUGUGUCAGCUAUUUUUACCAUCUACUGCAAGUUUUAUUGCAGCUUUAUUAUUUGCUGUUCAUCCAAUACAUACAGAAGCUGUAACAGGAAUUGUUGGUCGUGCUGAAAUUUUAUCCUCAUUCUUUUUCCUUUUGGCAUUUCUAUCUUAUAUCAAAUGUAGUAAAUCAUAUCUCAGUACUGAUCAUUUACAAUUAUGUUGCUGUUUGUUGUUUAUAAUCUGUGCAACCUUAUCGAAAGAACAAGGAAUUACUGUUGCUGGAGUUUGUUUUCUCUACGAAAUAUUUGUUGUACAAAAAUUACGUUUGUUAGAUAUUCUUCAAAUAGUACAAUUUUUCUCUACUACAAAGAGCUCUCCUUCUCCCUGGCUUCGGAAUAUGAUAGUCAGGCUUACUGUUAUUGCAGGAACUGCACUGUGCCUUCUGAUAACAAGAGUUAAAAUCAUGGGAUCACAGCUGCCUGUUUUCACCAAGUUUGACAAUCCUGCUGCUGCUUCUCAUUUCCCUGUUCGCCAUUUGACAUACAACUAUCUUCUUCCUGUGAAUGCAUGGUUGCUAUUGUUUCCAUCUGAUCUGUGUUGUGACUGGACUAUGGGAACUAUUCCUCUUGUAGAAUCUCUUUUUGAUGUGCGGAAUUUGGCAACUUUAACUUUUUAUGGUGUUUUUGGAGCCAUACUAUGGGCUGCUCUAACUAAAGAUUCUGCUCAUUUCCAGUUUUUGACUGUGUCACUGUCUCUUUUAGUACUUCCUUUUCUGCCCGCUUCCAAUUUAUUCUUUCCUGUUGGAUUUGUUGUAGCUGAGAGAGUUUUAUACAUUCCAAGUAUGGGCUUUUGCCUACUUGUUGCUUAUGGAUGGAACCUUCUAUAUAAGAAGUUAGGUAAAAAAGGCUUUAUGAUCCUGCUUAUUUCUGUUGUCAUAAUGUUUCAUUCUCUAAAAACUGUCCUGAGGAAUAAUGAUUGGGUGUCAGAGAAAGAGAUAUUUGCAGCUGGGCUCAAAGUGAAUAAGAGAAAUGCCAAAUUAUACAAUAAUGUAGGUCAUGCCUUAGAAAGUCAAGGAAAAUUUAAAGAUGCUUUAGAAUAUUUUCUUCAAGCUGCAGUAGUGCAGCCUGAUGACAUUGGUGCUCAUAUGAAUGUUGGCCGUACAUAUAAUAAUUUAAAGAUGUAUGAUGAAGCAGAAGCUGCAUUUUGGAAGGCAAAGAACCUUCUACCACGUGCACGUCCAGGUAAAGCUUAUCAAGCUCGAAUAGCUCCAAGCCAUUUAAAUGUCUUCCUGAACCUUGCAAAUCUGAUAUCAAGAAAUGGCACUAGAUUAGAGGAAGCUGAUGCACUUUAUCGACAAGCUAUUGGUAUGAGGGCAGAUUAUAUUCAAGCAUAUAUAAACAGAGGGGAUAUUUUAAUAAAACUGAACAGAACAACUGAAGCACAAGAAGUAUAUGAAAAGGCAUUGCAAUUAGAUAACAAAAAUCCAGACAUCUAUUAUAAUUUGGGUGUAGUGUAUUUAGAGCAAAGUAAACUUUCACAUGCUUUGGCCUACUUCGAUAAAGCAUUAGAGCUUGAUCCUGAGCAUGAGCAAGCUCUGAUGAAUUCUGCAAUUUUAAUUCAAGAAAGUGGAAAUGUUCAGAAAAGGAAAACUGCUUAUGAUAGGUUGUACAAACUGUUGAAAAAAGGUAAAGUUAAUGAACGCAUAUAUUUUAACCUUGGAAUGUUAGCAAUGGAUGAUAAAGAAGUUAAACUUGCUGAAAAAUGGUUUAAAAAGGCCAUUGAGCUGAAGAAAAAUUUUCGAAGUGCUCUUUUCAACUUGGCACUGUUACUCUCUGAUGAUCACCGUCCCUUAGAAGCUGUGCCUUUUCUUAAACAACUGUUAAAGCAUUAUCCAGAACACAUCAAAGGUCUGAUAUUGCUGGGUGAUGUAUAUAUAAAUCAUCUAAAAGAUCUUGAUGCUGCUCAAAAAUGCUAUGAAAAGAUCUUGGGACUAGACCCUACUAACAUUCAAGCUAUUCACAAUUUAUGUGUGGUAUAUGUUGAGCGUGGUCUUCUGCAGUAUGCUGAAGCAUGUCUGUUAAAAGCAGCAUCUUUAGCACCCAAGGAAGAAUAUUUGCUCCGACAUUUGGCUAUUGUACAAGCACGUAUCAGAAAGCAGAAAGUUGAAGAAGGAAACAUGGUCACAAAAUCUGAUGUUUCUGAUGUUCAACCUUCUCAGACGAGUAUAACAAAAGUUUUUCAAUCGACUGUGCAGCAAAUUUCUAACAUUCCAUCUAGUUCUAUUGAAUUAUCCCAGAGCAUAAUAUAUUCUGACUCUCCAUCCAUGCAAACAAGUAGUCAGGUUCAGCAAACAGCACAACCUAAGGAUAAUACGACUGUUGAAAGAUGAUUUGUUGAAAUUUAGUAUUUGAAUAUCAAAUUUGGUCUAGAUCUCUUUGUAUGGUGCUAAAAACAGGUACAGAGAGAUUUUCUUCUUUUUUUUCUUUUCUGGAUAUUAAGUCUGGAAGUACAUUCUGUGGAAGUAAAUACUUUUUAAUGUGAAUAAAUCCCAAGUUGAUAUGGGCUAUCAGCAUCAACUAUUUAUGUAAGUGCAAUUUGAAACUUUGCAUAAAGAUUUAUUAUGAUAACAUACUUUAUUGAUUUUUGAUUAAAAAGAAAUAUGAACUACUUCACUUCUUUGCUACUUUUGUUAAGUAGGGUUUAGUUUGAUAAUAUGCACAUUUUUAGCAGUUAUUAAAUUUAUUUAUCUUAUAGUAUAUUUUAAUUUUUGGAUUAUUGUAUUUUAAGUCUUUUUUACCAUUAAAAUAAAUUUGAUUCUUAAAAAACUUAUUGGCAUUUCGUAGUAAAAAAAAUAGUAAUUGAUAUUAAAUAAAACUGCAGGGUUCUUUUAACACAAUUUUGAAAAUAAUGAGCUUAAGAACUGAAGUCUUAACCUAUUAAGUGUUAUAAUAAUAGUGAAAGAAAUUACAGUUACAAGGCGUUUUUUUAAUUGUGUAAGCAGUUGUGUUUCAUACAGGAGGAUGAUUUAAGCUAGUGAAUCAUUUGUAAUUCAUGCAGUGCUUAAUAUUUUAAUAAUAUUAUGUUUUCAAAAUUCAGUUAAAAAAAUUAAAUUAAUAAAAUGAUUUUAAAGUUAUUAAAAUUAUUUGCAUGGUAUGGUAAUUAUAUAUAUGCCAAUUUCCAAUAGCUUUAAAAUAUGCCCUUCCCCUUUUGUAAUCUAUCCAGUCAUCUAAGGACAUAUGUACUUACUGUUUUAUAUUAGAAUAACUAUCUCACUUAGUUGAUGCUGAUCUAAGCUCUGAGCACAGCUAUAUCACAGGGUGCUCAUUAUGUCAAUUAGAUGCUUGAAUUGCUUUUCAGUGUGGUGCUGGUUAAGUAAUGCACAUUACUCUCAACAUAGGAAAGCUAUUUUUGUACUUGUGAUAUACAUGGGAACUUAAAACAUUUUUUUUUCUGUGUGCCUAAUGUAAUUUUUAAAUCAACAUAAUUGCAAUAUUUUAUUACAAAACAAAUGUGCUGCUAUCCUUGUGUUACUUAAGUCAUAUCAUGCACAUAAUUUUAUGUUCAUUAACCUUUUUUUUAUGUUUUAUUAUUAUACACAGUAUAAAGUAGUGUCAUUGCAGUUGUACUUAAUUACCGUACUUUAAUUGACAUUGUAAUUAGAAUUAAUAUUUUAAAGGGUUGUCUUUUUACCUAUAGCAUAAAUUUGCAAUUUACUCCUUGUAUAUUUAUGAUAAACUUGUUUGAAUGUUUUGUUACUCUAUUAAAGAAAAAAUUCCAUUAGAAAAAAAUAUAUUCAGAUUUUAUAAUUAUAUAUAUAUUAAAAGUUUAAUGUCAAAUUAUUCAUAAAGUGCAUAAAAUUAAGAAGUUCAAAGAUAUGUAUAUAUAAAAUUAUUUUAUUCUAUGAUAAAAUUUAUUAUUGAAAUGUAUUGUGAUAUUCAGGAAACUUCCAUUUAGAGUAGUUAGUUUCUGAAAUUAAAUGAAUGUUGUUAAUAUCAAUAACUUUGAAAAAUAUCUGCCAAAGUAUUUAGAAUUCGUUUAUCUUUGUUUUAAAAUGAAAGCUUUUAUUUUUAAUAGUCAGUUCAACUGUUAUUUUUAUUGAUAUUACAUUAUUCCUAAAUUAAAAAGUUAAUCCCAUUUUAUAUCCCCCCCCUUCUUUUCUAAAGUUGGUAUUUUAUGAAAUGAUACAAAGUAAUGCUGUGCAUCAUUUCAUGUUAAAUAAAAAUAUUAUUAUAAGGUAUAAAAAAAAAACACUAUAAACAUGGCUGAUGUUUAAACACUCUUUCUGGUUGAGUAAAAAUUUAGUUUGAUGAGAAAGAAGAUUCUGCUUUUCUGAAAGAUAAUGAUACUUUAUAUUUAGAAAUUGUCUUCUGGUGAAAAUUGUAGAGAGUGUGUAUAUAUGUAGGAAUUAUUAAAAAUAUCUAUUUUACUCUUAUCAAUGUAAAAAAAGUGUUUUAAAUAUUCUAACAGAUAUGUGCAUAUCAGUUUCAAAUAAAAAAUAAGUCAUUUCAAUUAAAUUUCAAUGAAAAAGGCUUUCAUAAACUUUGCUGUAAUAUUGAAAUGCAUAUUAUUAAUUAUUCCAAAUAAGAGUUUUGAAAAGAUUUUAUAUGUAAUGUUCUUUUAACUCAUUGCUGUAUCCCUUUA